AUGUCUCCAAUAAAGACUUCACUAAAAUAUAAGAAAGUCGACAUAGCAAGAGUCUCAAUGACAAAACUCCAGUUACAUGAUAUUUGUCUCCUUGACAAAUAUACAUGUAGAUAUGAAUCAUAUCUUUAUGAUAUUCCACAGAGAAGUGAAUAUUCACAAUGGGUAUUUGCUUAUCUUAUGAAAAUACCAAUCAUUGGAGAAAUCUGUACUGAAAGAUGGAAAAAAGAAGCCAUUGGAGAAAUUCAGCAAACCAGUCUUUCUUAUGCAACAAAAAUUGCAAAAGAAGAAAUUGACAGAAUAUGUCAAGACAGGUAUAAACAACAAAAGCUUAAAACUAUACGCAAGGAUUGUUGUAACAUUCUGUCUGAUUUCAAAGAUUUUGAUAUCGGAAGAAAAACUUAUACUAAAAAGAAGUAUAAAGAUAAAAACAAAAAGAAAUACAAAUCUUUUUGGAAGAAGAAAAAGAGAAGAUUUUCUCCAGGAAAAUACUUCAAAAAAUCUUUGAAAGAAACACCUAAAAAGAAUACUUCCUGCCCACAAGGAAAGAAAAAAGAUAGGUGUUGGAUCUGCAACGAAGAAGGACACUACGCUAAUGAAUGUCCUAAUAGGAAAAAGUACCCUGACAAGGUUAAGGUAUUACAAGCUGCUAAUAACGGAGGCUAUGAAGCUCUUGAAGAAGAAUACGACGACACAGGUGCAUCUUUAUGUCUUGCAAGCAAGUUCAUCAUUCCAGACGAACUAUGGGAAAAUGCUCCCAAAGAAAUUCUCGCUACUAUUGCAAAUGGUGACACUAUAAAAAUUAAUAAAGUUUGCAGAAACAUUAAUCUCGAGCUUUCAGACAGAAUUGCCUUUCAUCUUAACAACGAUAUGGUAAUUGUAAAAAAGGUUACUGAAGCUUUUAGUAAAGGAAAACCAGGUUUUCUUGAAACCCAGAAAAAGGGUACUAAAGAAAAACAAAUUUCGGGUACCAAUAUAACCCAAGAAGGAAUUAUUGGAGAAAUGAUUGUUUCUGUCCAAACCACCAUUUUCAAACAGAUAGAAGAUCUUCUUGAAAAAGUUUGUUCUGAAAAUCCUAUUGAUCCAGAAAAAACCAAAGGAUGGAUGAAGGCCUCAAUCAAGCUCAUUAAUCCUAAAACAAUUGUCAGAGAAAAGCCUAUGGUUUAUUCUCCACAAGAUAGAGAAGAAUUCUCCAAACAAAUCAAAGAAUUACUUGAUAUGAGAUUAAUCAAAGAAUCAAAAUCUCCUCAUAUGUCCCUGCUUUUCUAG